CUGGCCGCCAAACCGGACCACAUUUCUGACCAAAGGACAACUGAGGGGUGAAGAUGGACCCCGAGAUCUCGGGGAGUGGCACACUGAGCGAGGAAGAAACGCUAGGUGCUACGGGCAGGUUAAACAUUCGCGACAUGAUGGAAUAUCCAGAAAACAUGGCUUUGCGGCGACCAUUCGAUCCUGCUGCACAUGAACUGGAUCCUAGUUUCCGACUUACAAAAUUUGCUGACCUAAAGGGAUGAGGGUGUAAGGUCCCUCAAGAAGCCCUAGAGCGGCUCCUUGAGGGACUACAACAGGACAGCAAUGCCCAAGUCGCGGAUCAGUCGCAAUUUCAAUAUCUUGCGGCCACCCCACGAAUAGGCAUUGGGAUGGAUGCCUCUGUCACACCACUAAGACAUGGAGGACUCUCUCUUGUCCAGACCACUGAUUUCUUUUAUCCUCUUGUUGAUGACCCAUAUAUGCAGGGCAAGAUCGCCUGUGCUAAUGUACUGAGUGACCUGUAUGCCAUGGGAGUGACAGACUGUGACAACAUGCUGAUGUUACUAGCAGUCAGCAACAAAAUGACAGAGAAAGAGCGUGAUGUUGUCAUUCCGAUGAUGAUGAGAGGAUUUAAGGAUUUAGCAGAGGAAGCCGGGAGUGGAGUGACAGGUGGCCAAACAGUGCUGAACCCCUGGUGCAUCAUUGGUGGGGUAGCCACCUCUGUCUGUCAACCCAACGAGUUCAUCACACCAGACAAUGCCUUGGUGGGUGAUGUCCUAGUGCUAACCAAACCUCUGGGAACACAGGUGGCGGUGAAUGCCUAUCAGUGGCUGGACCAGCCGGAGAGAUGGAAUCGUGUCAAACUGGUGGUGACGGAAGAUGACGUGAGGAAGGCUUAUCAACGGGCUAUGUUCAGUAUGGCCAGACUUAACCGUACAGCGGCCCGUCUGAUGGCUAAGUACAACGCUCAUGGUGCCACGGAUGUGACAGGAUUUGGUCUACUUGGCCAUGCAAAGAACCUUGCCAAAGUACAGAAGAACGAAGUCAGCUUCGUGAUACACAAUCUGCCUAUCAUCGCUAAAAUGGCUGCCAUCAGCAAAGCUUGUGGAAAUAUGUUUGGCCUACUGCAAGGUCUUUCUGCAGAAACUUCAGGCGGUCUAUUGAUGGCCUUACCCAGAGAGCAGGCUGCAGCCUUCUGUAAGGACAUAGAGAAACAGGAAGGCUACCAGUCCUGGAUUAUAGGAAUCGUAGAAAAAGGAAAUCGUACAGCUAGGAUUAUUGACAAACCACGGGUGAUUGAAGUGCCAGCUAAAGACCGUGAUGGAGAACUGUGGUAGUAAAGAAAAUGCAUUUUAAUUUAGAUCUCCUCCAGAACUUUAAGGAAGGAACACACUGCAAUUCUGACAUUUGUCAACUGAAGGACAUUCCAAGUUGUUACAUUUUCUUGUGUAUUGCCUCGUCUACAAGGUUUUUAAUGAAAAGUUGUUGAUAAAUCCUUUCAUUUGAAACCAGUUUUUAGAUCAUGUUUGUAAAUGAAGAUCUACAAUUUUAAGUGACUUUCAAGAGUUUAAAAUAGACAUUAAUCACCUAUUAAGGUGACAAGAUUCAAAUCCUUUGUGAAAAUUAUGGAUAAAAUUUACUUUAUGCAUAUUAUGCACAAGGCUAUUUGAAAAUUAGCUAGAUUUGAAAAAUCGGAUGCAUCAUUGUUCUUGUCUUUUGCUAUGUUUAUUAUCAUUGUUUCAUUUCUGGGAAUACUGUUAACUUGUCACCUGUGAGUUUACGUGUAUGAAGUUGUCCUGAAGAACCAAAGUAUUUUGGGUCAGGGCAGUAGAUGAAUUUGUAAGCCCACAGGUGCCAAGUUACCAUGACCUGUGGAGCCGUUGUCAUGACGUACUUAUACGAUAUUGAGGGUGACUACGGCUUCAGCCACCAAACUCAUUGUAUAGUUUUCAUCAAUUUGUGUCAAAAACAACAUCAUUCAUCAUGUCAUCACACCCGUGAAGAAUAAACUAACUUCAAGUAUUGUA